CUCAUUAUGCACUUUGGUAAACAAACAGCUUCAGUCCUCAUCUAAAUUCAUCAGAGUGUUCCCACCUUUGUUAUCCUUCUUCCAUGUGACUCUCCUGCUCUAGAAACCAGUGGUGUCACCACAACACACGUAUGAAACGGUGGAUUCGGAUGUUUGUCUGUUGUCUGACAUCACCACAGAGAUUUUGGCAGCUCCCCUCUUUUUUAAAUCAUGAAACAGACGGAGAGUCAGACAAGCAGCAUGGUCAGCUCAGGUCCUCCCCCCCUCUCCCUCCUGACUACCAAGUGCUUCUCCUUAGCAACAGUCAGCUGACCUGCAGUAGGUAAUGUGCAGUGAAGCACACACCACACAUGCAUCACAGAUCACAGGGCUCAGUCGCUCACACUCCUCCUCCACCUGCCACUCACUCGGGCCUCAUGGCUCUCACCAUUAACACGUCCACAGAGCAGAAGAAACUCACGCAGGCUCCUCUGCUCAAGAUCUGGGUGCCAUGGAUGGGCUGCAACUUGAACCGCAGGAGAGGAUCCUCAGUGCCUCAGUUCUGUAACUCGCCCACAAUGAUUGUGAUGGUGGGGUUGCCAGCCAGAGGGAAGACGUACAUCUCCAAGAAGCUCACUCGGUACCUGAACUGGAUCGGAGUGCCAACAAAAAUGUUUAACGUGGGUCAGUACCGCAGGGAGGCUGUCAGGAUCUAUAAGAACUUUGAGUUCUUCAAACCUGAUAACGAGGAGGCCAUGAGGAUCCGCAAGGCCUGUGCAGCUGCUGCCCUCAAAGACGUCGCUGCCUACUUCACAAAGGAACACGGACAAGUAGCCGUAUUUGAUGCUACCAACACCACCAGGGACAGGAGGGCAAUCAUUAUCAGCUUUGCAAAGGAGAGAGGCUACAAGGUGUUCUUUGUGGAAUCAAUCUGCGAUGACCCGGAAAUCAUUGCAGAGAACAUUAAGCAAGUCAAAUUUGGGAGUCCAGACUACGUGGAUCGAGACAUAGACGAGGCCAAGGAAGAUUUCAUCCAGCGCAUUGAGUGUUACAGGGCCAGCUACAUGCCGAUAGAUGAUGAGAAGGACAGGAAGCUCUCCUACAUCAAGAUCUUCGACGUGGGCAGUAGAUACCUCGUGAACCGCGUCCAGGACCACAUCCAAAGCAGGAUAGUCUACUAUCUCAUGAACAUCCAUGUCACGCCGAGAUCCAUCUACCUGAGCCGCCACGGAGAGAGCGAGCUCAACCUGCUAGGUCGCAUCGGUGGAGAUUCAGGCCUCUCGCCUAGAGGACAGAGGUAUGCCAAUGCUUUGGCGACCUUCAUAAAAGGUCAGAAUAUCAGUGACCUGAAGGUGUGGACGAGCCACAUGAAGAGGACCAUCCAGACUGCAGAAGCUCUGGGAGUCCAGUACGAACAGUGGAAGGCCCUGAAUGAGAUAGACGCUGGUGUAUGUGAGGAGUUAACCUACGAGGAGAUUCAGGAGAAUUUCCCAGAAGAGUUUGCACUGAGAGACCAGGACAAGUAUCGCUAUCGUUACCCCAAGGGCGAGUCCUAUGAGGAUCUCGUCCACCGUCUGGAGCCAGUGAUCAUGGAGCUGGAGAGGCAGGAAAAUGUUCUGGUUGUCUGCCACCAAGCUAUAAUGCGCUGCCUGCUGGCCUACUUUCUAGACAAACCUGCAGAUGAGCUGCCUUAUCUACGAUGCCCCCUUCACACAGUGCUCAAACUCACACCAAUAGCCUACGGGUGUAAAGUUGAGCCGUUUUUCCUCAACAUCGAAGCAGUCAACACACACAGAGAGAGGCCAGUGAAUGUUGACAUCAACAGAAACCCAGAGGAAGCUCUGCAGACUGUUCCCGACCACGUAUAAACGCUGUUUGGUGACACGAGGACUACAAUCAUACGAAACUGGAUGUGCUACUACUACUUAUUAGCCUCACUUAAUAACAGAGAUGCACUCCGGUUCGAGGUUGAUUGUGUGAAAAACAAAAAAGACAGAGGAGGAGAAGAAAUGGCAUUAAGUGAGCCAGCCUGUAUAUUACAUGAAACAUGAAGCUGGUUCUCUCGACAUGUAUGUGAAAUGUUCCUGUUUCUAGUCUGACUAGAGUCUCACGUCGUUUACAAGAGAUAAAACAAUGCACUGUGUCCUGAGGCCGAGAGGGGAACAUGUAAAAAGACGGUGGAGGAGGUGGUUGUCAUUGUAACUCGAGCACUAAUAACUGUUGUACAGAUAACACAAUGUGUUGUUGAUAAUCUAAUUAUAAAGGUGGGAAUCAGCACCAUGGACAGCGCCCAAACAAACAACACAUUGUGUAGAUUGAAGAAUCCGCCUGUUCACGUUUGUAACUCAGAUGUUUGACUGAAAUCAAUGUAAAUAAAGUGUCACUGUGCUGAAAAUAAAUUCAGAGGCAGA